AUGGGUUACGUCCUCUACGUCGCCAACAAGCGCUACUCCAGCUGGUCCAUGAGACCCUGGGUCCUCCUCAAAGCCCUCAACGUCCCCUUCGAAGAGCGCCUUCAGACUUUCGUCGCCGGUCUUCGCCAACCCGCGUUCCUGAGCUUCUCUCCCUCAGGCAAAGUCCCCACCCUCCAGGACGGCGACACCACCGUCUGGGACUCCCUCGCCAUUGUGGAAUACAUCGCCGAAGACCACCCGGCCGCCUGGCCGCAAGACAAAGUCGCCCGCGCCUUCGCCCGUAGCGCCGCCGCUGAGAUGCACACCGGCUUCGAGGCCAUCCGCGACCAGUGCUCCAUGAACGUGGCGCUGCGCAUCGACCUCGGCGGGCCGCCCGACGCGGCGUUGCAGCGCGACCUUGACCGGCUCGAGGAACUCUGGGUCGAGGGUUUGACGCGCUUUGGCGGGCCGUACCUCGCGGGUGCGGGAUUCAGCGCCGCGGACGCCUUCUUUGCGCCUGUUGCGACGAGGAUCCAGACUUUUGGGUUGAAGGUUUCGGAGCCUGCGAUGAAGUAUGUGGAGACGCUGUUGGAGCAUCCUGCUGUUAAUCAGUGGGUUGUGGAGGGUAUUGCGGAGACGGCGAGGGAGCCGUACCAUGAGAAGGACGUGCUGAGAGGCCGGAAGGUCUUGAAGGACUUGACUCAGACUCAAUGA